AUAUAACAUUCUCUACAUUCAAAAUAUCACCAAAAAAAGGGAAAUCGCAAAACGUAAUGAAUGAUAGAUUUUUUAUUUUUUCAAUCACCCGAUUCGUACGUAAUUCAUAUCCGUGAUUGCACAAGGCGUUUUCAGUGGCAUUAAAAAUACUAACAAACGUGAAAAAAAAUAUUAUCACAAUGUCAGACGUUAUGAAAAUCCGGGAAUACCUGGCGACUCAAGUUAUUGAACUUGAGACGUUACAAGCUGUUUAUCCGGAUGAAUUAGUUAUUACCGAUCAUGGUGCAUUGGCUGACAUCAAUCAAUUUAUUUCUGGCGGCCAGCAUGAUAAUCCUGGACGAUUAGCGUAUUCAAUAAAAAUAACUGUGCCCGAGGGAAGUGUGGACCUUCAUGUGACAUUACCACCUGAUUACCCAGGUGUCAGUCCAGACGUAUAUGCCAGGGGUUCAGCCUUAGAUCGCACCCAGCAAACAAAAUUCAACGACGCACUUAUAGGCUUCGCCAAAACUCAAGAUCCCGAUGAACCGUGCAUUUACGCCAUUAUCUCCUGGAUGCAGGAUCAUUUGGAUGGGUACUUAAAGGACUCCAGGAAAAAUAGCGAGAAGGAUAAUAGAAAAAAUAAGAAGAAGAUUUCAAAACCGAAGGUUUUCGGUCGUUAUUGGAUCUACAGCCAUCAUAUUUACUCUAAUAUAAAAAGGAAAGACAUGGCUGACGAAGCUAAGGAGUGUCAAUUAUCAGGCUUCUGCCUGGCUGGAAAGCCGGGAAUUAUUUGUGUCGAAGGAGCCCUGGAGGAUUGUGAAUAUUGGUGGCAAAAGAUAAAAGUGAUGAAUUGGCACAAAAUAUUAUUAAAAUUAGUUGAAGAAGAAAACUUAGACGGCAAAGACGUAAAUACAAUGCGUAAAUUUACGGAAUUCCAAGAAAUAUCAUUUCCAACAACCGAUAAACACAACGACAUGGGCCAAUUGUUAAAAUAUCUAACUGAGCAUCAAUCCCAGCACGUGUUUAAAGAGUUCUUCGGAGUUGAGGGGAAAAUGAACAAUAACAACAAUUAAUUUAAGCACAAAAAACUACGAUAUUUUUUUACUUUUGUUAAGAGAUAAUUACAACUAUUCAAUGUUCUAAGUCUUCGUCAAAUUAUUGAGAGUUUAUGAGUGAUAAUAAAACAUGUUACCUGUUUCAUAA